AAUGAUGACAUUGAGACUGAUAUUAAUAAACUGAAACCUAGACAGGAAUUGGGAAGACCCAUAGAAGAACUGAAAAUGUAUGAGCAAUUUUUCCCAGAACUUUCAGAAAACUUUCAGGAAUGUGACUUAGUUUCCAAGGAACCAAAGCCUUUUGUACCUGAUGCAAAUCUGGGUGGACCUAUUGUUGUUCCUACAGCAGGAGAGGAGCGCUCUGCUGAAGCAAACCAGUCAACAAAAGGAGUUGCAUUGAAGGAGAGCAAUCCUUUGUUGACAGAGGAAUACAAUAGAAGGCCAGCCUUUCUGGAACUACCAAAGAAAGAUAGUAUCAAAGACAGUAGUUUACAUCAGCAAAAUGAUCAAAGAAAUCUGCUUCCAUCAUGCCAGUGUCUAAGCCAAGAAAUUGUGAAAGGCUUGGACAGAAUCAGUCUGCAGAACAGUGCGAAAAAUGAUCAGUAUUAUGGUACAGGGUGUGUAAUAAAGAAGGAAAGCAAAACUAGCCUUCCCACACUUGCUUGUACUAAACCUUGCGAACAUGUUUCACCUUGUGGAAGUAGCCUCUUUGAAGGAUCAUCUGUCCAGCUGGGAAAACUUUGCUGCACUGGAGUGGAUUCAGAGGAGGAGGAUUCCGGAUCUAGUUCAUCAGGGGAACAAGUCGUGCUUGAGGUUUCUGACAUAUCACCAGUUCAUGACUGUGAUCUUUAUAUUGAAAUGGUAAAAAACACAAAAUCUGUUCCUGAAUAUUCAGAAGUGGCAUAUCCAGAUUAUUUUGGCCAUAUUCCACCCCCAUUUAAGGAGCCUAUUCUGGAAAGGCCAUAUGGGGUACAGAGGACGAAAAUCUCUCAAGAUAUUGAAAGACUGAUUCAUCAAAAUGACAUUAUAGACAGAGUUGUGUAUGACCUUGAUAAUUUGAAUUGUUCGGUACCAGAGGAAGCAGAUGUUUUGAAGUUUAAUUCCAAAUUUGAAUCUGGAAACUUGCGCAAAGUUAUUCAGAUCAGAAAAAAUGAGUAUGAUCUAAUUCUGAACUCGGAUAUAAAUAGCAAUCACUAUCAUCAAUGGUUUUACUUUGAAGUCAGUGGAAUGAAAACUGGCAUUGGUUACCGGUUUAACAUCAUCAACUGUGAAAAGUCAAACAGUCAGUUUAAUUACGGUAUGCAGCCCCUCAUGUACUCUGUUCAAGAAGCAUUAAAUUCUCGACCAUGUUGAAUAGGGACAGAUGUAUGUGUUUACCUUCAUUUUACUCUUAGGAAUCACUUUUCAAGAAGUUCAAUUGCUGCUGGAGGUCAGAAAGGAAAAUCUUACUACACAAUUACGUUCACAGUGACUUUCCAACAUAAAGAUGAUGUCUGCUACUUUGCUUACCAUUAUCCAUAUACAUAUUCAACUUUAAAGAUGCAUCUUCAGAAGCUGGAAUCUAUGCACAACCCUCAACAGAUAUAUUUUCGACAAGAUGUUCUCUGUGAGACCCUAGCUGGCAACAGUUGUCCCUUAGUUACUAUUACAGCCAUGCCGGAGUCCAAUUACUAUGAACAUAUCUGUCAGUUCAGGAAUCGUCCUUACGUUUUCCUAUCUGCUCGUGUACAUCCUGGAGAGACUAAUGCAAGCUGGGUUAUGAAGGGAACGCUGGAAUACCUUAUGAGCAAUAAUCCAAGUGCCCAAUGUUUACGAGAAUCUUAUAUUUUCAAAAUUAUUCCCAUGCUCAAUCCAGAUGGUGUCAUCAGUGGAAACCACCGUUGCUCUUUAAGUGGAGAAGAUUUAAACAGACAGUGGCAAAACCCAAAUCCAGAUCUGCAUCCCACUAUUUACCAUGCUAAAGGGUUACUGCAAUAUCUGGCUGCUAUAAAACGUUUACCUUUGGUCUACUGUGAUUAUCAUGGUCACUCUCGUAAAAAGAAUGUAUUUAUGUAUGGCUGCAGCAUCAAAGAGACAAUGUGGCACACAAAUGUUAAUGCUGCCUCUUGUGACCUGAUGGAAGACCCUGGUUACAGGGCACUCCCCAAGAUCCUCAGUCAAACUGCCCCAGCAUUCUGCAUGGGCAGCUGCAGUUUCGUAGUGGAAAAGUCCAAGGAAUCAACAGCGCGAGUUGUCGUCUGGAGAGAGAUAGGAGUACAAAGGAGCUACACAAUGGAAAGCACCUUAUGUGGAUGUGACCAGGGCAAAUAUAAGGGAUUGCAGAUAGGGACAAAAGAACUCGAGGAGAUGGGAGCAAAGUUCUGUGUUGGCUUACUGCGUUUAAAAAGAAUGGCCUCACCUUUGGAAUACAAUCUGCCUUCUAAUCUGUUGGAUAUUGAAAAUGAACUGAUUGAGUCAAGCUGUAAAGUGACAAGCCCCACUACAUACGUUUUGGAUGAAGAUGAGCCUCGCUUCCUUGAAGAAGUUGAUUACAGUGCAGAGAGUAAUGAUGAUCAAGACAUUGAAUUAGCUGAUAACGCGUGUGAUUAUGAGGCACCUAAUCAAGAAGAUGGACUUUCAGACUCAGAUUCCACAAGGAUACUCCUUUCUUGAACCAUCUUUGCAGCCAGUAAUAGGAAAUAAAGUAUCCUGGAUUUUCAUAGUCAAAUACUUCCUCACUCUUGUCCACAAAGGGGAUAGGCUUAAGGAAACACAAAUAACUGGAGCCUGCCUAGCUCAAGGACAAUAAAUAUUUCUAAUUUCUGAUAAAUUGGCAUUUGUUUUAUUUAAGGAGUUCUGUGUUUUCUUUUAGCACUAAAUAGAUAAAUUUAUUUACUGGUUCAUUUUCUACUAAAUAGCACCGCAUGGCAUUCUGUGUCCUUAAACCCUAUCUUCAGAAAAUGGGUUAUAAUUUGUGGUGUGUCAGAGUACAGAAACUAAUUCUUUGUGGUACGGUUCUUUGAGUUGCUUCCUGAAAAAUACAUAUGUACAGAUUUUAUAAAUUAAUUUGUGUAUGUGUGUGUAUAUGCGCGUCUGUAUACUGAAGUGAAGAGGUUAUUUUUCAACAUUAUUUCAAAGAUACUUGACUGUGUUUGAAGUAAUGUAGUGCCUGCUCUGGAACCAUUCAAUAAUUACUAAAUUAAAAAUGAAAAAGUGAUGUACGAA